CCUCGCGCUUCGGCCCACCCUCGAACCCCACCAGGCAGGCAACGGAUCACUAUCUGACGGACCGAAGACGCACGUUCCCUUCCCGGCGGGAUGCGACGAUUCUUCUGCUGGCGGCCGAAAGCCGCAGCAACCGGGCCGGCAGCUGAGCAGGACCCGUCGGGACAAUCGGUUGCGACGGCUUCGGCUUCGCCCUCGACUAAGACCUUCCCGACAGGCAUCAAACUGCUUCACAGCGCGGCACACGCCACCGUCGACAUCGUCUUCGUCCACGGCUUGACUGGCGAUCGCGAGAAGACGUGGACCGCCCACGCCGCGCCCGAACCGUGGCCCAAGGCCCUCCUUCCGUCUGAGCUCCCGACCGCACGCGUGCUUACGUUCGGAUACGAUGCAUAUGUGGCGGAUUGGCGAGGAGUGGUGUCGCAGAACCGGAUCGGUAACCACGCGUGGAAUCUGCUGACGUCGCUCGCGACGUAUCGAGAGAACGAUGAUACGAAUGAACGACCGGUCGUGUUUGUUUGCCACAGUUUGGGCGGCCUCGUGUGCGAAGAUGCCUUGGUUAGGUCAAAAGAGCGACCGGAGCAACACCUCCAGAACAUUUUUCGAUCGACCCGAGGGAUUGCAUUCCUAGGAACGCCGCACCACGGUGCCGGCCUUGCCCGGUGGGCCGAGCUGUUGGCUCGCUCGAUCGGCGUAAUCAAGCAGACGAAUACCGAGAUCGUGGCGGUCCUCAAACACGAGUCGGAGGUGCUUGCGCGGAUUCAGGACAGCUUCCACACGAUGGUCUUGAGCCGCAGCGGAGAGGGGUUGCAGCCAAUCGACAUCAGCUGCUUUUACGAAGAGCUGCCUCUACUAGGCAUUGGCGAGGUGGUGCCGCAGCACUCAGCCAUCCUCCCUGGGUAUAUCCCGAUCGGCAUCCACAGCAACCAUACGGACAUGGCCAGAUUUGUCUCUGCAGAUGAUCCGGGUUUCACAGCGGUUUGUGGAGAGCUCCGUCGGUGGAUCAAGCAGAUGGAUGCGAUUGAAAGACGUUUUGGGUAUCCACCGGCCUCGAGCCCUACUCACAGCCCGGGGGAUGGACAGGAUGGACGCACGAGCUCGGCCGUACAGUUUCUCGUGCCGUACACCAGCAAUCCAGACUUUGUUGGGCGUUCCGAGAUCCUCGAACGCCUGAAGAGCCAGCUUGGCCACGGGCAGCCUUUGGCGGGCGGGACAUCGCAGCCGAUAGCGUGCCUCUAUGGCUUAGGCGGUAUUGGGAAAACGCAGAUUGCGAUAGCCUACGCGUUCUGGCUGCGGGAGACACAUCCGGAAGUAUCGGUCUUCUGGAUCCACGCAAGCAACGCUGAGCGGUUCCGCCGAGCAUAUGCCUGGAUUGCACAAGAAUGCCAAAUCCCUGGCUAUGAUAAUCCGGAGACCGACGUGCUACCGUUGGUGAAGAAGUGGCUGGAGCAGAAGGAUGGCGGCCGGUGGCUCAUGGUUAUUGACAAUGCCGAUGAUAUGCACGUCUUCUUCGAGCAGCAGACGGGGCCCGCGGACGCCAGCUCCUCCAGCAAUGAGGGAAACUUCGGACGUUACGUCCCCGAGUGCCCUAACGGCGCCAUCCUUGUCACAACCAGGAACAAGCAGGCGGGCUCGAGGCUGACCAAGGGAAAACGUCCUAUCGAGGUCGGGAAGAUGGACGAUGACGAAACGGUCCAGCUUCUUCGUAGACGGCUUGACGGAGUCGACGCCGCUUCCAGUGAAUCGUCGGCGCUUUCUUCUCGGCUGGAGCACCUUCCGCUCGCUCUCGUCCAGGCGGCGGCGUUUAUCCAAGAAAACACCAUAACGAUCGGCGAGUACCUUCAGCUCAUGGACAAGAGCGACGAGCACGUCGUUGAUCUGCUCAGCGAGGACUUCGAGACGGUCGGGAGAGACUCGGAGACUCCUCGCGCAGUGGCUGAGACAUGGAUUCUCUCGUUCGAUCAGAUCCAACGGCAGAAUGCCUUUGCAGGCAAGCUUCUCUCACUCAUGAGUCUUUUUGAUCGGCAGGCUAUCCCGCUGGAGUUCCUAUCCCGCUAUAGCGAGCAGCAGGGCCAAGAGCAGAGGGCGGACAUACAGCUUACGAAGGCGCUAGGCGUUCUCAAAGCUUUUUGCUUUGCGGUUGAGGACAAGGACCAUGGGUUCACUAUGCACCGGCUUGUACAGUUGGUCACGCAGAAGUGGCUCGGCAGUAAGGGUGGGCUACGCCAGUGGGCGGAACAGGCGCUCUUGGUGGUGUCGGAGGCUUACCCGCCCGGCAACUAUGAGAAUCGGGCGGUGUGCAGCUUGUACCUUCCGCACGUAUAUGCCGUGCUGAAGAUCGAUGGUACUGGAUCGAAGGGUGAGAGAAUGGCAAGGGCGUCGCUACUGCAUCGCACGGCCAGGUUAUUCCAUUACCAAGGUCAAUGGAAGGAUGCAGAGAAGUUUUACGAGCAGGCAACUGAGUUGCGGAAGGCGGUGCUGGGAGAGGAGCAUCCCAGCACGCUGGUCAGCAUGGGCAGCCUGGCAUCCACGUACUGGAACCAAGGCCGAUGGAAGGAGGCCGAAUCGCUAGAGAUACAAGUGAUGGGCACGAGAAAGAGGGUUCUAGGAGAGGAGCAUCCCGAUACGUUAACCGGUAUAGCCAACCUGGCAUCGACAUACUCGGAUCAAGGCCGAUGGAAGGAGGCUGAAUCGCUAGAGGUGCAAGUAAUGGAGACGAGAAAGAGGGUACUAGGAGAGGAGCAUCCCGAUACGCUAGUCAGCAUAGGCAACCUGGCAUCGAUAUACAGGGGUCAAGUCCGAUGGAAGGAGGCUGAAUCGCUAGAGGUGCAAGUGAUGGAGACGAGAAAGAGGGUACUAGGAGAGGAGCAUCCCGAUACGCUAGUCAGCAUAGGCAACCUGGCAUGGACAUACAGGAAUCAAGGCCGAUGGAAGGAGGCCGAAUUGCUGGAGGUACAAGUGAUAGAGACGAAAAAGAGGGUUCUAGGAGAGGAGCAUCCGAGUAUACUAACUAGUAUAGCCAACCUGGCAUCAACAUACCGGGAUCAAGGCCGAUGGAAGGAGGCCGAAUUGCUGGAGGUGCAAGUGAUGGAGACGAGAAAGAGGGUACUAGGAGAGGAGCAUCCGAGUACACUAACUAGUAUAGCCAACCUGGCAUCAACAUACCGGGAUCAAGGCCGAUGGAAGGAGGCCGAAUUGCUGGAGGUGCAAGUGAUGGAGACGAGAAAGAGGGUACUAGGAGAGGAGCAUCCGAGUACACUAACUAGUAUAGCCAACCUGGCAUCAACAUACUGGAUUCAAGGCCGAUGGAAGGAGGCCGAACCCCUAGAGGUGCAAGUGAUGGAGACGAGAAAGAGGGUACUGGGAGAGGAGCAUCCCGAUGCGCUAAACAGCAUGGUCAACCUUGCUUAUACCUGGAAGAGUCAGAACCGCCUUGAAGACGCUCUAGACUUGAUGCAGACCUGCUUUCAUCACCAGCAGCAAGUACUAGGUCAAGAUCAUCCAGACACGGUCUCUACUCUCUCUAUUCUAACAAGGUGGCGGGAGCAUAGCGGUAACACGGUUAUUUAG